AUGGCUGUUCUUGAUUCUGAUGAUGAAAAUCAUGUUAACGAGGUUGUGUUAGACGCCACCAAAGGCGUUUCUAAAGAUUACGUUGACCAUGGUGACCAAUCUCUUACGUGUGAUUCUGAUCCAUCUUAUCAGAUGCUUUUUCGCUGUUUAGAUCAGGAAAGCAAAUAUUUCUUAAAGAACAUAAGACGUUACAAUUCUAUGUUUUCCUUUACUUCAAUGGGAGGAAAAGUAGAUACUAAAAUAAACAAAGGUAAUGCUCCAUUUGUUUAUAGAAUCAGUGGUCAGAAUGCACAUAGUGUGGGUAGUCUUCUUCCUAAGCAUGGAUCCCAGCCAAAAUUUUCACAGCUUUAUAUCUAUGAUACUGAGAAUGAGCUUUCUAAUAGGGAGUUGUUAUUCAGUGAUUCUUCAAGCAAAGCAUCGAUAAGGGCAAAGGAACUUGAUGUUAAGUUUAUAAAGUAUAUUACGAACAUGUUAGAUUCUACAAAUAUGUUGGUUAAAACUUACAGGAUGGUACGAGACCAUCUCCAUGACAAUCCUAAUGUUACUCUUAAACUUCGUAUAAUCUCACAGAGAGAUCGAGACGGUAGGACUUACAAUUUACCUACGUGUUCUGAAGUUGCUGCUUUGAUAGUUGAUGAACCUGAUCUCCAGAUUGAAAGCCGUGAUAUUAUUGUUGAAAUGCGUUCCGGAGAUCUUAAGCGUAUUAGCGAGUUACAUCCUUCUUAUCUUGCUCUACAGUAUCCAAUUGUUUUUCCGUAUGGAGACGAUGGAUAUAGGAUUAACAUUCCUCAUAGGGAUUUUGGUCCUAAUACAAAGAAGACAAGACCAACUUGUACUAUGAGGGAGUUUUUUUCUUAUAGAAUUCAGGAUAGGCAUAACAAGUUUUCUCUAAUUCUUAAUGCAAGAAGGUUGUUUCAGCAGUUUUUAGUCGAUGCUUACACAAUGAUUGAAAGUGAGAGGCUAAACUACAUACGUUUUCAGCAAAUCAAACUAAGAUCUGAUUCGCUUAACAGUCUUAAAAAUGUUCAAGACGUUGGUCAGAGUGAUUUGAGUCAUACGGGACAACCUGUUAUAUUACCUUCAUCUUUUACGGGUGGUUCUCGAUACAUGAUGCAAAAUUACUUAGAUGCUAUGGCGUUAUGUCGGAAGUAUGGGUAUCCUGAUUUCUUUAUCACAAUCACAUGUAAUCCGAAAUGGCCUGAGAUUGUAAGAUUUAUUGGUGACUCUUCAAUUAAGCCUGAAGACAGACCUGACAUACUUUGUCGAUUGUUUAAGAUGAAACUUGAUGAAUUGAUAAAAGAUACGAAGCAAAAAAAAAAAAAAUUUGGCGAUAUUAAUGCAGUUGUUUAUACCGUUGAGUUUCAAAAACGUGGUUUGCCACAUGCGCAUAUUUGCUUAUUUAUGAAAGCUGAUCAUAAGCUUCCUACGGUUGAACACAUCGAUCCCUUUAUAUCAGCUGAAAUUCCUGAUAAGAACGAGGAUCCUGAAUUGUAUUCUCUUGUGAGUGACUUUAUGAUUCAUGGUCCUUGUGGAUAUGCGAACAUGAAAUGUCCAUGCAUGGUUGGGAACCGUUGUUCUAAGAAUUUUCCAAAGAGGUUUUUGGAUUCCACUUCCAUUGAUUCUGAUGGAUUUCCAGUUUAUAGGAGAAGAGAUUCUGGUCACACAGUUGUGAAGAAGGGCGUUACUUUAGACAAUAGGAGUGUAGUUCCAUACAACAAAAAGCUACUUAAAAGAUAUCAGGCACACAUCAACGUGGAAUGGUGCAAUCAGGCUGGGUCAAUAAAGUAUUUGUUUAAAUACAUUAAUAAAGGACCUGAUCGAGCCACUGUUGCUGUUUUUGAUUCAGACAGAGGCCCCGAUGAGGAGAUUCCAAAAGAUGAAAUUAAAGAGUAUUACGAAGCUAGAUAUGUUUCCGCAUGUGAAGCCAGCUGGAGAAUAUUUGGCAAUGAUGUUCAUUAUCGGUAUCCAUCUGUUAUGAGGUUACCAUUUCAUCUUCCAGGACAACAAAAUGUUGUAUUUAGUUGUGACGAUGAUAUUGAGGAUGUCCUAAACAAACCUCAAGUAAAUUCCUCUAUUUUCUUAGAAUGGAUGAAGAUGAACAAUUCUAAGCCUGAAGCAAGAGAACUUACUUAUGUUGAGUUUCCCACAAAAUAUGUGUGGAAGUUAAAAGAUCGUUGCUGGCAGCAACGCCAAAAUUAUGUUGUUAUUGGAAGAAUUUAUUCUGCGUCUCCCUCUCUUGGUGAGGCUUAUUACCUAAGAAUUCUUCUUACUAAGGUUAAAGGGCCACGAUCAUUUGAAGAAAUAAGAACAUAUGAUGGUGUUGUGUAUCCUACGUUUCGGGAUGCGUGUUAUGCACGUGGCCUGUUAGAUGAUGACAAUGAAUAUAUCGAGUGUAUUAAAGAAUCCAGUUUCACAGGAAACGGUCAUUAUCUUCGUUCUUUGUUUGCAACACUUCUAUUGUCUAAUACGCUAUCUAGACCUGAAGUUGUUUGGGAGAAAACGUGGGAGCUAUUGUCCGAGGACAUUUUAUACAAUAUGCGGAAAGAUUCUGGCAUGAGCGAUUUCGUUGUUUCUGAUGAACGUUUAAAGAAUAUUACGUUGUCGAAAAUCGAAAAAUUCCUUCUUCGUAAUGGAUCCAGCUUGCACAGGUUUUCACCAAUGCCUUAUCCUGAUGAUGACUAUCUAAUGUUCGAGAGCAACCGUUUGAUAAACGAGGAGCUUUCUUUUGACAUGGAUGAAGUUACGGCUGAGUUCAAUAAUCUUCACAACUGUCUAAACGGCGAUCAAAGAGCCGUGUAUAAUGAAAUUAUGGAUGCUGUUCGGAUUGGUAAGGGUGGUGUGUUUUUUGUGUACGGUUAUGGUGGUACGGGCAAGACUUUUCUGUGGAAAACUUUAGGUGCUUCCAUUAGAUGCAAUGGACAGAUUGUUAUUAAUGUCGCUUCAAGUGGUAUUGCAUCUUUGUUGUUAUCACGCGGUCGUACUGCUCACUCGCGAUUUCAUAUUCCAAUUAAUGUCAAUGAAGAUUCGGUAUGCCAUAUAAAGCCUAAUACUGAAAUUGCGAAUCUUUUAUAUGAAGCAAAGUUGAUUAUUUGGGACGAGGCACCGAUGAUACACAAACAUGCUUUCGAGGCUCUUGAUCGUACAAUGAAGGAUGUUUUGAGUGUUUUUGAUUCACGAAAUUCAGAACUUCCAUUUGGUGGGAAAACUAUUGUAUUUGGUGGUGACUUUAGACAAAUCCUACCUGUUGUACAAAAUGGAAGCAGGCAAGAUAUCGUAAACGCCUCAUUAUGUUCAUCCCACAUCUGGUCCAGUUGCAAGGAAAUCAACGAUCCGUUACAUCAAGAUUUGUAUAAUCCAGAUGUGUUAAAUAGUGUAAAAGUAUCAGGGUUACCAAAUCAUAGAUUGGUAUUAAAAUUGGGCGUUCCGGUUAUGCUUUUGAGGAAUAUUGAUCAGCAAAACGGUUUGUGCAAUGGUACGCGUCUUCAAAUCACACGUCUUGGUAAACGUGUUAUUGAGGCUGAGAUAUUAUCAGGAAGUAAUGUUGGAUCAAGAACUUACAUCCCAAGAAUCAGCAUGAUACCAUCUGACAAGAAAAUACCCUUCAAAUUUCAACGAAGGCAAUUUCCAAUAACCGUAUGUUUUGCGAUGACUAUUAACAAAAGUCAAGGACAAUCUCUAUCUAGAGUUGGUAUAUACCUGAGAGACCCCGUGUUCUCACAUGGUCAGCUUUAUGUUGCGUUGUCGAGGGUAAAGACUAAGGAUGGCGUUAAGGUUUUAAUAUUCGACAAAGAUGGCAGGCCAACAAAUAAAACUGCAAACGUUGUUUACAAAGAAAUAUUUGGGAAAUUGUAG